AUGUAUCCCGUCCAAUACGCUCCUCAGCCAUACGUAGCUGCUGUGACGCCUGCAUUCAAUCAACACCCUGCUCAGGCUUAUCAAGCGCCUCCAGUCUAUCGACCAGCUCCAGUUCAACAACGUGUUGCGGCUCCGCCAGCUUAUCAACAAGCACUAGAAGCUCCUGUCUAUCAACAGCCGAGAGCUCAGGCGCCAAGGCAAAAUGCUCAAAACCAAAAUAGGAGACAAGGGGAGAGGGCGACCUUCAAUCCAAUCCCAAUGUCGUACACUGAGCUUUAUCCCUCCUUGUUGCAAAAGGGUUUGGUGGUUCCCAGACCUAUGGGACCUCCACCUGAUCGUCUUCCUCCAUGGUACAACCCUAAUGCACACUGUCCUUUCCAUGAAGGUUCCCCCGGGCAUGACCUAGAGGGUUGUUACGCUCUAAAGCAUAGGGUUCGUGAACUGAUUGAGAGCAAGAUCUUGUCUUUUAAGGACAUGGGACCAAAUGUGAAGAACAAUCCUCUUCCUCCCCAUGGAAAUCUGCAGUAA